AUGGACGAGCUGUACAGCGUGGGACAGAAAGUCGCGCAGGAAAAUGCUGGCGCCAUGGACCCCGAGCUGCUCUCAGCUCUGGGCGGAAACCCAGAGAAGCUGGCAGAGCUCUUGGCAGGCGGAGGCAGUAUGGAAGAGUACCUGCAAAGCUACGAGCAGAUGCUCCAAGAAGGCGUUGCGCCGACAAUGGGAGGAGGCGCCAUGCUCGACCAGGUAGAUCCUGAAGGUGGCAUCACCACUCGCCCCGAAGCUGGGUUUGUCGUGAAGACGAACGACACCGGCGCGGGCACCAAGAUCUUCAUCAACGUCGUGUCGAGCCCUCAUAUUGAGGAGCCGCACAUGAAGAGUUACGUUGAGCUGGAGGGGGAGCAGGGCUGCCGCGUGCCCCUCUCCAUUGGUACACCUGUAGAGGACUUCGACAAGAAAGGCGAGCCCUGCGUCACAUAUGACGUGGUGGCAAAUCCGAAGGUCGUGGAGGAGUGCGCUGCAGAGCCGGCUUUCCGAGAACAGGUGGUGCAACUCUGCCUCGCUGCGGUGUCUCAAAAGUACAAGCUGCAGCUUGAUCAAAGGUUCAAGCUGCCAAAGAUCAAGUACAAGGGCACCACAGUGCAGCUGCAAAGAAUUCGGAAGAAAAAGGAGUCGCAGAUCCAGGAGAUGCCGGAGAAUACCUCGGCCCCACAACCUGGAACUAGUGCUCAGAGGCGCGCCAGUGGCGAGCCUGGUCUCCCGGCAGCCCGCUCAGAUGGCCCUCAGCCUCCAGACUUUUGCGUCUACUACGCGCUGCCCGACAGCUCACCACUGCAGGACAUCUUCGAUCGAGACUGGGGCUCGCCGCCCGAUGACGUGGAGGAGGCAGCCAAGGUCACGUACCUCUAUGGCUUUGAUUUGCCGUGCUAUCGAGUCAACACCUUCCAGGAGAAGAUUCGUGGCACCAUGAAGAACCAGGCCGACCGGAAACGAGACGAGGAGGCCGAAGAAGGCGAAGUCGACGCCGUGGCUCGGGCCAAGAAGGCGACCAGCGAGAUGCUGGCAUCCAGGACUUGCUGUGUCCACGUGCGCCUGCCGGACUUGGAUCCCCACGUCCCAUCGUUGAAGCAGUUUUCCUUGGAGGUCAGCGACGAGUGCCUCAGGGUGAGCUUCCCGAUGCUGCCUCGCUCGACGAAGUGCGCCUACGGAAACAUCACCUUUUGGUGGCCGCAGCACUUCAACUCCGCGGAAGCCAAUGCUGACUGGGAUCCCAAGGAGCCGAAGAAGUUUCCUUCAAAAAACUCAAUAGCGAAAAGUUGCCAGUUUCGAUCCCGGCUCGGAUGCAGUUUCGGGCCUGGAGGGCUUGUCGGCUCAACUUCGGGAAUGUUGAGGGCCUAG